AGCGUCGCGUCUCGGGGGCGGAGUCUCUGCCCUCGUGAUGUCCCCGCUGUGGUUCCUGGGCGAGUUUUGGAGAAAUGAAAGCCGCUAGGGGCCAGGCCAAGCCUCUUUCGUAACCCAGCGCCCCGCAGUCCCGACACAGAUUCCUGGAUCUCAGCCCUAUAGCAGCGAUGAUCCCGCUGCCGCUGCUGGCCGCGCUGCUGUGCGUCCCCGCCGGGGCCCUGACCUGCUAUGGGGACUCCGGGCAGCCUGUGGACUGGUUCGUGGUCUACAAGCUGCCAGCUGCCAGCCGGUCCGGGGAGUCGGUGCAGAGCGGGCUUCGGUACAAGUAUCUGGACGAGAGCUCCGGGGGCUGGCGGGAAGGCAGCGGACUCAUCAACAGCUCGGUGGGGGCCGUGGGCCGAAGCCUGCAGCCGCUGUACCGGAGCAACAACAGCCAGCUCGCCUUCCUGCUCUACAAUGACCAACCGCCUAAAUCUAGCAAGGCUCACAUGUCUUCCAACCGUGGGCACACGAAGGGUGUCCUGCUUCUCGACCAUGAUGGGGGCUUCUGGCUGGUCCACAGUGUACCCCAAUUCCCUCCACCUGAUGCAUACAGCUGGCCUCAAAGUGCCCAUACCUACGGGCAGACCCUGCUCUGUGUGUCUUUUCCCUUCAGCCAAUUCUCGAAGAUUGGCAAGCAGCUGACCUACACCUACCCCUGGGUCUAUAGCUACCAGCUGGAAGGGGUCUUUGCCCAGGAAUUGCCCGAGUUGGAGGAUGCGAUCGAGGGCCACCACAUUGGCCAAAAACCGUGGAACAGCAGCAUCACACUCACAUCCCGGGCCGGGGCUGUUUUCCACAGCUUUGCCAAGUUCCGGAAAUUUGGAGAUGACCUAUACUCUGGCUGGUUGGCAGCAGCCCUUGGUACCAACCUGCAGGUCCAGUUCUGGCAAAAGGGUACAGGCAUCCUGCCCUCCAACUGCUCAGGGACCUGGCAGGUUCUGAAUGUGAACCAGAUAGCCUUCCCUGGACCAGCCAGCCCAAGUUUCAGCAGUACAGAGGACCACUCCAAAUGGUGCGUGUCCCCACUUGGGCCCUGGACCUGUGUGGGUGACAUGAAUCGAAACCAGGGAGAGGAGCAGCGGGGUGGGGGCACACUGUGUGCCCAGCUGCCAGCCCUCUGGAAGGCCUUCCAGCCCCUGGUAAAGACAUGGCAGCCCUGUAAUAGCUGGUAAGAGCGAAGCCUCAUGGCCAGGUGCAGUGACUCACGCAUGCAAUCCCAGCACUUUGGAAUCUCAGGUCAGCCACUUCCCAGCUAUAUGACCUUUGUGUGCCUUAACCACUCUGUGACACAGUCCACCCAUCCGCAAAAUGAGAAACGUAAUACCUGCCAUCAGGAUUGUUGAGGAGUAAAUAAAUGGAGCUGGGCACGGGGGCUCACUCCUGUAAUCCCAACACUUUGGGAGGCCAAGUCGGGCGGAUCAUCUUAGGUCAGAAGUUCGAGACCAGCCUGACCAACAUGGAGAAACCCCAUCUCUACUAAAAAUACAAAAAUUAGCUGGGCAUGGUGGUGCUCGCCUGUAAUCCCAGCUCCUCAGGAGGCUGAGGCAGGAGAAUUGCCUGAACCCAGGAGGCGGAGGUUGCGGUGAGCCGAGAUCGUGCCAUUGCACUCCAGCCUGGGUAACAAGAGCGAAACUCCGUCUCAAAAACAAACAAACAAAAAAACAAAAUUAGCUGGGCAUGGUGGCACAUGCUUGUAAUGCCAGCUACUCAGGAGUCUGAGGCAGGAGAAUCUCUUGAACCUGGGAGGUGGAGGCUGCGGUGAGCUGAGAUGGCGCCAUUGCACUCCAGAUUGGGCAACAAGAGCGAAACUCCGUCUCAAAAUAAUAAUAAUAAAAAUAAAUAAAAGGAAA